AUGCGACCACAUAGUAAAGAAACAAGUCGUUGUGUCGCCUCCAGUCGGUCGAGCCAGAGAAGCGCCAGCAUGCAGCCGCUCAUCGUGCCCGCUCUGCUGGCAUCCUGCCUGUGGACCCUGAGCACAGCAGCCGGAGAUUGGUGCUACCAGUCCCAGUUUACCUGUGAUCAUCAGUGCAAUGCACCUGAAAAGUGGAACCACGCCAACAGCAACUGUGGGGGAAAACUCCAGUCGCCCAUCAACAUCGUCACCAGAAAGACUCUGAAGGACGAUCGUCUGACUCCGUUUGAGUUCAACAACUACCAGCAGAUCUUCAGAGGCACAAUCAAGAACAACGGCCACUCAGUUCAGGUUGGAGUUCCCCACAUCAGCACCGUCUCAGGUGGAGGCCUGCCCACCGUCUACAAGGCCGUACAGUUCCACCUCCACUGGGGCAACAAUGGAGGGCCUGGCUCUGAACACACCAUCGAUGGAGAGCAGUAUCCCAUGGAGCUGCACAUUGUUCACAUGAAGCACCAUUACACUGACCUCACAACUGCCCUGUCAGACCCAGAAGGAGUUGCUGUCCUUGGGUUUUUCUAUGAGAGGUCCAAAAGUGGAAACCGAAAGUACGACCCAGUCAUCAACGCUCUGCGAAGCAUAACAACUGCAAAUGGCAACACAUCCCUGUCUAGCAUUUCCCUGACACAGCUGAUCCCGUCUGAGCAGAAUCUGACCAGCUACUACCGCUACAAGGGCUCUCUGACCACCCCAGGGUGCACCGAGGCUGUGAUCUGGACUCUGUUUGAGACCCCCAUCCCUCUGAGCAUGGACCAGCUGGGGGUCUUCUCCGAGCUCAAGUUCCACGACGGAAAGCCAAUGGUUGGGACUUUCAGGCCGGUCCAGCCCUUGAACGGCCGGCAGGUGUUCCGGUCGGGAAGUGCAGUGAUCCUGGCAAGCUCCGCCCUCCUCCUCGCCGCCAUGGCCACGGCCCUGGGACUGUCCCGUCCCAACUAG